GUUAGCAAAUGAAAGUUACAGCAGUUGUCCACAAAUGUGUGCAAAACAUGAUAUGACUGUAAAGUGGGCUCAACAGUGAAACACAUGAUGCCAUAAGUGGUGCCAAUAACUGAAGAGGAAUGAGUCCAACAAGAGAUCAACAGAAGGCUAAUGCCCUAAAUAUCGCCCAAUUAUUCUUCAAUCAUAACCAUAGGCUCAACCAUAACAACAAUCAGUUAUCAAUUGUCAACAAUAAUGUCUUCGAUGUGAUGCCAGUCUUGCAGCCAAUCCUCGACUUCGAUGACUCCGAUGAAUAUAUGGACGAAAUGGAUGGCAAUAUCAUCUCCAGUGGCAUCCAAUCGGCGACAGACGACCAAAUCGAUGGCCGAAGGCGUCCGAAGACAAAUGGGAAGACAGACAAGAGGUCCCGAUAUAUGGGAGCUCUGGUUCGAGAACAGGGCCCGACAUUCCUCUUCAUCGAGUCCUUUGUGUGGAUUCUUUGCGGUUAUCACGCGAACGAUGACCACAAUCGGCGACACCUUUACUACACGAUAUGCCGCCGAUUACAGGACAUGAAACUGAUUGGCGACACCUUUAAGUUGGACGCUCUCCAUAAGAUCCGGCAGUUUGUUUCCCAGGGAUUCAAUCAAAUGGUCCGACAGAUCAAAACGGGCAACAGUUUGACGAGUCCU